AUGGCGAGUGAUUACUCAGUUGGCAUUAUUCAUGGGCGGGGUGGAUGGCCAAACGGGACGUCACCUCACAGCAAGGCUGGAGGAUGCGGUAGUGGAGUAUGGGAUGCGGAGAGGGAUAUUCUGGGCUGGGCCAUAGGUCACGGGCUAGAGCAAACCAAGGCAGCAAUGGUGCAUUAUUCGGGCAGCGAGGGUGGAUUGCAGGGUGCGCAAUGCCGUCAUAAGGAUGCAAAGGACUUGGAUGGCGGUGAUAAGAGCGUGGGUGUGGUGACUGUUUUGGCGAGGCAGAUUUGUUGGUGGUGA